AUGUUUCAACACAAUGCAAACGAGCAGGAGUUCCUCAAAGGUAGCCAAAGCCAAGACUGCCGCUUCAAACUUCCCGGAUAUGGCCGGCCAUUGGACUUCUUCCCUGUGGAAAAGAACAUUUAUGGCAUUGAAAGUCGUAGCAUUUUUCCAUCUGCACUCGACGAUAGGGAUAUCGAGAACAGAUACACCGAGCUUCCUGUGCAGACGCUUCGAGAAAAGGCUAUGGUUUCGGUGAUGGAGGAAAUUACUGAUAUCCCUGAGUGGUGGAAGAAGAUCCACAAUUCCAAUACUGCACAAGAGUGGAAGGAAAUGGCACUUAGAAGCGGUGCAGACAUCACCAAAAAUAUGUCCGAGUGGAUCAUCGAAGAGUUAAAGUUCAAAGCCAUGGUAUACAAAGUGAACAAUGCCGUGUCUCUCUACAACGGCGACGUCACCAAGUCCGACUCAAACGUGCCUAGUAGCCUCGUUGAAGACUUGAUAAAUUCAACCAAGGUCCUGGUAUACUCAGACGAGGAGCUGCAAUUCUACGGUCCCGGGUCUCUCUCCAACCAGCGCGAUCUGCUCUCCAUGGCCCUCUACCCACUCGUCUAUGGAAAGAGUCGCAUCCUCCCAGAUGAACUCAUUGGUCUUGACGACGCACUUCGCUACGCUGGACAAGGCAAAACCAUCCCCAUGCCCCUAGAAACAGGCAUAACCCGCGAAGAUAUCGCGUGGCGUGUCUCUUCACGCGCAGACAUUUCCGUCCGGCCAUACAGCAGAUCCUACCAGAUGCUGCCAUCAGACUGGGAAUUCGGUGGCGAUGGCCGCUGGCAUAUCGCCACGUACAUCAACAACCUGCACCCGGCUAAGCACCGUAAUAUAUACAAAGUCAUCGAAGAUAUCUUCAACUGCAUGAUUCCGCAGUGGAAUAUGACAAUGACUCCGCUAAAAGAUAUGUUGCAUUCCCGAGCGCGAAUCGAGUACAGCAAGGCUGAGUACUACCCUGUCACGAAGGGAAUCAGCGAACAGGCGCCUAAGAUUCUGGAUCGGGAGGCACAGAUUGUGUUCGAUGAACGCUUUGAGAAAUGGAGGAUGGAGAAUUAUCGUGCUGUCCAGCCUGAUGUUGAUCAGUUUGUUCCUUGGGCUGUCCCGCAAUGCAUGAUGUCUGAAUUGGCGGAGGAUCUUCCUUCCCCUGUGCGGAUUGAGCAAAGUGUCAAUCUGAACAAGGACUACAAGGAUCGUGGAUUGCAGGUGAUCACGCGUAUGAUGUCUGUGGAUGUGUGGCCGGAAUCGCCUUACUACGAAACAGAGUGGCAUGUAGAGGGACAGAUGAACGAACACAUCUGCGCCGCAGCAUUCCUCUUCCUGGAAUAUGAGAACAUGGAAGAGGCCUCCAUGGAAUUCCGCAACAUAGUCGACACAGACAUGCUCAGCGAGGUCGAGCACGACCCCGGCGACUUCAUCUGGUUGAAACAAAUCUUCGGACUUGAGAAUGGCGAACCAGCUGUCCAGUCCUCGGGCUCAAUCCGGUGCCCAGUUGGCCGUGUAAUCAUUUUCCCCAGCACAGUGCAGCACCGGAUGGUGAAGUACGAGCUGAAAGACAAGUCGAAGCCUGGCUCGAGUAGUUGUCUUGUGUUCUACCUCGUUGAUCCUAAUAUCCGCAUUAUCUCCACGGCUAACAUUCCUCCUCAGCGGUUGGAUUGGACGCUCGAGACUGAGCAAGGGGAGGGAGAGGAUCUGGCUGCUGCUAUGGCGAAAUUGGCGCUGGCGAAUAAGUAUAAGAAGGGGAAUAUGCCUAUGACGCUUACUGAGGCUCUGGACCAUAGGUAUAAGUUCUUGGAAGAGUUGAACGAGUUUAUGCGAUAUCAGCAUGUUGCGUUUGAGUCGAGGGUUCUGUUGCUUUAG